CCUGCCCAGCUGUUGGCGAGGAGUUUCCUGUUUCCCUCCCGGCGCCCGGGUAGAGUAGAUGAGUGAGUCACUCGCGCGCACCGACCGACGACACCCCCCGCGCGCGCACACGCUCGCUUGGGGGACGGAGCCCCAGCCUUCUGCGCAGCUCUCCUCGGCCGCCGGGGGCCUCCUCCCGGCCUCCAAGCUCCCCCGAUCGCUGGCCACAUCUGGCUCGCACCUCUGCCCGGCGCGCCCAGGACGGCCCAGGCAUACUGAGAGGACGAGGAGUCAAGGCGCAGCCCGGGGUCCCCGAGGCUCGGUUCGCGGCGCCUCACGGGCCGGUCUAUGACGAGCGACGGGGGCCACCAUGGGUCGGGGGCUGCUCCGGGGCCUGUGGCCGUUGCACAUCGUCCUGUGGACUCGCAUCGCCAGCACCAUCCCACCGCAAGUUCCCAAGUCGGAUGUGGAAAUGGAGGCCCAGAAAGAUGCGCCCAUCCACCUAAGCUGUAAUAGGACCAUCCAUCCACUGAAACGCUUUAACAGUGACAUGAUGACCAGCGACAACGGCGGAGCCGUCAAGCUUUCACAACUGUGCAAGUUUUGCGACGUGAGAUUGUCCACUUGUGACAACCAGAAGUCCUGCAUGAGCAACUGCAGCAUCACGGCCAUCUGCGAGAAGCCACAUGAAGUCUGCGUGGCUGUGUGGAGGAAGAAUGAUGAGAACAUUACACUGGAGACGGUGUGCCAUGAUCCCAAGCUCACCUACCACGGGUUUGCUGUGGAAGAUGCCACUUCACCCAAGUGCAUCAUGAAGGAGAAGAAAAGGGCCGGCGAGACUUUCUUCAUGUGUGCCUGCAACGUGGAGGAAUGCAACGACCACAUCAUCUUUUCAGAAGAAUACACAGCCAGCAAUCCUGACCUGUUCCUGGUCAUUAUCCAAGUGACUGGCGUCAGCCUCCUGCCUCCACUGGGGAUUGCCAUAGCUGUGAUCAUCAUCUUCUACUGCUAUCGUGUCCACCGGCAGCAGAGGCUGAGCCCAUCCUGGGAAAGCAGCAAGCCCCGGAAGCUCAUGGAGUUCAGCGAUAACUGUGCCAUCAUCCUGGAGGACGACCGUUCGGACAUCAGCUCUACGUGUGCCAACAACAUCAAUCACAACACGGAACUGCUACCCAUUGAGCUGGACACGCUGGUGGGGAAGGGCCGCUUCGCCGAGGUCUACAAGGCCAAGCUGAAGCAGAACACCUCGGAGCAGUUUGAGACUGUGGCUGUCAAGAUCUUUCCCUAUGAGGAGUACACAUCAUGGAAAACGGAGAAGGACAUCUUCUCAGACAUCAACCUGAAACACGAGAACAUCCUGCAGUUCCUGACUGCUGAGGAGCGGAAGACAGAGCUGGGAAAGCAGUACUGGCUGAUCACAGCCUUCCACGCCAAGGGCAACCUGCAGGAAUACCUCACCAGGCAUGUCAUCAGCUGGGAGGACCUGCGGAAGCUGGGCAGCUCCCUGGCCAGGGGCAUCGCUCAUCUCCACAGUGACCACACUCCAUGUGGGAGGCCGAAGAUGCCCAUCGUCCACAGGGACCUCAAGAGCUCGAACAUCCUCGUGAAGAAUGAUUUGACCUGUUGCCUGUGUGACUUCGGGCUGUCCCUGCGUCUGGAUCCUACUCUGUCUGUGGAUGACUUGGCCAACAGUGGGCAGGUGGGAACUGCAAGAUACAUGGCCCCCGAAGUUCUAGAAUCCAGGAUGAAUUUGGAAAACGUGGAGUCCUUCAAGCAGACAGAUGUCUACUCCAUGGCUCUGGUACUCUGGGAAAUGACAUCCCGUUGCAAUGCGGUGGGAGAGGUGAAAGAUUACGAACCCCCAUUUGGUUCCAAGGUCAGGGAGCACCCUUGCGUGGAGAGCAUGAAGGACAACGUGCUGAGAGACCGAGGACGGCCUGAAAUCCCCAGCUUCUGGCUCAACCACCAGGGCAUCCAGAUCGUGUGUGAGACGCUGACAGAGUGCUGGGACCAUGACCCUGAGGCCCGUCUCACAGCCCAGUGUGUGGCAGAGCGCUUCAGUGACCUGGAGCAUCCAGACAGACUCUCUGGGAGGAGCUGCUCCCAGGAGAAGAUUCCAGAAGAUGGCUCACUGAACACUACCAAAUAGCUUUUUCUGGGCAGGCUGGACCAAGCCUCCAGAAGCCGCCCUUUCACCAAAGACCAGAGGCAGCUGGAUGCUGUCCUCACGGAUGCUUCUGGGAAACCAAGGACUUGCUCCCUUCUUACCUGAGAGCUGCUCCAUAUUCAGAAACAGCAGCAGCAGCAGCAGGAGCAGUAGGGGCUAAGUGACACAGAGCAUUCUGUGCCUUGGACGUUGUCAUGGCAUAAGCUGUAUUAGCACCUCCUCAGGAAAUGAGAUUGAUUUUUACAACAGCCAAUAACAUUUGCACUUUAUUAAUGCCUGUAUGUAAAUAUGGAUAGCUAUGUUUUAUAUCUAUAUAUCUAUAUAUGUCUAUAUCUCUCUAUCUAUAGCCAUACUCUGCAAGGAGACAAAGAAAAAGAUCAAAUGCUCCCGGGAGAUUAGCUUUUAUUGGAGAGUUCCAAACUGGAGCAGAAGGGACUCGGGACAACAUUAGCACUUGACAAUCACACGCGAUGGUCCCCCGAAUGUGGGGUUGGGGGGAUGGUUGCAUGAAAAGGAUCCAUGCCUCACAGCCUGCUUUGGCCACAAAACACUUUUGUUUUGCAAUAAUUUCCCUCUAUAUGUGGGUGCUUUCCUGGCCAGGGAGCUAAGUUCCAGCCCACCGCUAUGUCCCAAGGUCUUCCAUGUGCCUUGUUUUUCUUCAUUUUAUCGUCGACAUUCAAGUCCCACAUCUGACUUGUGAACCUGUGGACUUAGCCUAGAACCCUGGCUCCAUCCUUCCGCUUUCAUGGACUACAGAAGUCAAAGAGGACAUUUUCCCCACCCAUGAAAGUGUCGACCAUCUGA